GGCCACGCUAAUCCAUUAAAGUGCUCGUGCUGCCAAAUCGAUGGCGUUUGACAUGCGGAGUGUCUGUUGACUUUCUUCAGCAAUGGAUGUCAGUUGAUUAAUAUAUCAUCAGCACUAACCUGAUAUUAUUUACUUACCGAUCCCUCCAGAUUUGUGUCCUCCAAUGGAUGGAGCUCCAGUUGUAACCAUGGCACUUCUACCUCCUCUGCCUCCUGACCCCUCUAGAUGCUUUCAAAAUGAGACCUUACCCUGCAUACGUAUUGCACAGCCCCCUCCCAUAGGCCCUCCACCUCCUCCCCUUCCCCCUCCGCCACCGCCACUCCCACCCCCACCUCCUUCACCUAUGGGGGACCCCUUCACCCGGACUGUCCAGCAGCGCUCCAAAAUGCGCAACUUCAACUGGGAUGCCAUCCCCAGGCACAGCGUGUUGGGCAAGCGCAACGUGUGGACAGCCCAACGCAACCUCAAGAACUUUGAGCUGGACACUAAGCGAAUGGAGGAGCUUUUUAGUCACAACGAGCACCACGGUUUGGUCCGUAAGGGUGGGACAGUCAGAAAAAGUGUGUGGGACCUUUCGCAAAUCACUACAGAAUCUGAGAACGUAUCAAUUCUCAACUCUAAGAAAAGUAUGAAUAUUGGUAUUUUGCUAAAACAAUUUAAAAGGCCAGCGAAGGACAUUGUGGAGGCCGUCAGGAACGGUAACCUGUGCUUUGCUUCUGGGAAACUCAGGGAGCUUAGCAAGCUGUUGCCUGAUGACAUGGAGACAAAGAAGCUGAUAUCAUUUAAUGGAGAUGUAUCUCAUCUAAACGAGGCUGAUCAUUUCAUGGUGAUGCUGGUUCAAGUGCCAGGGUAUAAAGUGAGGAUAAAGAGCUUGCUCCUCAGAGAGGAGUUUUUUCCCUUUAUUGAGGAGGUCAAACACUCCAUUGCUGUCAUGACAACCGCUGCUAAUGAGUUGCUGGCAUGUGAUGACCUACAUUCAAUCAUCAGACUGGUGCUGAAGGCUGGUAACUACAUGAAUGCUGGUGGCUACGCAGGUAGUGCUAUUGGCUUCAGGAUGACAUCAUUGCUCAAACUCGUGGACACUAAAGCAAAUAAACCUGGCAUGAACCUAAUGCACUAUGUGUCCAUGCAAGCCCAACAAACUGAUGAAGUUUUGCUGCAUUUCGCUGAACAGCUUCAACACAUUGGGAUUGCUGCAAGGAUCCAAAAGCAGGAGGUGGAGGUGGACUUUCAAAAGGAGUUGGAGAAAAUUAGGGAAGCGAAGAUGGAUGCCAGUAAACAGCCUGAUCUACUGCACCAGAUGGAAGCAUUUCUUCGUAUGGCAGACAUUCGGCUUGCGGAUGUGGAGGCCUCUCUUCAGGAACUGGACAGCAUCAGUACCUCUGUGGCGGAGUACUUCUGUGAAGACCCAGCCACCUUUAAACUAGAGGAGUGUUGCUCUAUCUUUCAUUCCUUCUGUGAGAGGUUUGAGAGAGCUACACAGGAAAACCGUGAGCGUGAAGCAGCUGAGACUCGCAAGCUGCAGCAGAAAGAAAGAGAAAAGCUGACCAGAACGGCUAAGCGCCGAUCCAUCGGUACAUGCUCCAAUCAGGAUAUGACCGAUGGAGGCUCCACUCUGGAAUCUGUCCUGACCAGCUUUCUCAGCCAACGUCUUUCUCGCAGGAGGCCCGUUGGGGUCAUACCUGUCACAGACAGCCCCAUCAAGAACAUCCGCCCUCAGGUUGAGGAGCGUGAGGGCAGGGGGGAUCUGGGCAGCCCUGUGGAAACCAACGAGGAGAACUUUAAGAUCUCAACGGUGGAAGAACCAGAUUACAUAUGCCAGAAAGGGGAGCUUCUGCCCUGUACCGUUAAUGAUGUUCAGCGGGCAAGAGCCGCUUCCAAAAGAGGCCAGUGCAUUGACGAUGAACUGAUUCCUGAAAGCAAUGACCUUAAAGAGGUCAACACCUGUAGCAACACCUCAGCUAAACAUGAGAUUGAAGAUGGAGCAAUGAAUAAAGAAGUUGAGGAGAUUGGAGACAUGGAUAAAGGAGAAACAAGAGAGGACGAGGACAACGAGAAAAUCAAGGAUGGAGCAAUGGAGGAGAUUGGAGACAUGGAUAAAGGAGAAACAAGAGAGGAGGAGGACAACGAGAAAAUCAAGGAUGGAGCAAUGGAGGAGAUUGGAGACAUGGAUAAAGGAGAAACAAGAGACGAGAAAAUCGAAGAAGCAGAUAAAAUGCCUGAGCUCUCCGGCAAGAUCCUCCGCUUUCAGGAUUGUGGCGUUGGCAGCCUGAACGCAACCGCUACACCUGAUCGCUCCCGAGGCCAUGCCUUGUACACCUCCACUCCUCGACAGAGGGAUAUAAAAGAGGUAGAUAUGUCCUUGCAGAGUGGACUGGGAGGUCUAGGGUCACCGUGGACCAUCCUCAGCCCUCGUGUCUCUCCCCGUAACACGCCCCACCGCAGACACUCCUACUCCUUCUCCAGGGUGGACAUCCUUGAUGAUGGAGUUUGGGCAUUACCUGACACUCCUGUACGCGACAAGCCCUCGUUCUCCCAUUAUGCAGGAGUGGGGACUUCAUCCUCAUUACCAGACUGUCCCUCAAAGCGAACGCCAUCACAGGGAACAGUUAUAAGGUCUUCAUCACUUAGUGAUGAAAAAGAGUCGGCACCUAACUUCAGACUGGGACAGAUCUUUCAGAGGCGCACUGGACAGGAGCUUCCUCCAGAGAAGAGACCGGAAAGCUCAGGACUUGUAUCUUUCUUCCGACGCUUCGGGGAAAGGAAAAGGGCAGGAACUGUUGGUUAAGAUGGCAUGGCUUGUCCUAAAAGGAUUUUACUUUUCCAUAAAGGAUAUGAUGAAUGUAGACAAAUGGAAACUUGUCUUGCAACACUCUUGAUAUCUUUUGUGUUCUUAUGUAAAUAUAUUAUGAUAAUGCUUGCUGAUGCUAACGACUUAAUAUUUUAUAAGUUUUUAGUUCAGCGUUGUUAUUUAUAACAAGCUGCUUUAAUUGGUUAACACUGAAUUUCAGGGACUGAAAUAUUUUUAUUGUUCUUUGUCUUUUAAAGUCUUUCAUAUUUUUAUGUAAUAAAGUGUGGAUCCCACCUUUGUAA